AUCUCGAAAUAAAAAGGUAAAUGUAUCCGCCUCAGAACAGUCGGCAAUUAUUAGCGGCCUCGACCCUUACUCUAUGUAUUUCAUUCGCCUCACUCCUCGCGACCCAGUUGGCGUGGGGCCAAAGCCCCUGACUACUAGCGUUUGUACAGGCCCUGGAAUUCCCACAGUAAUACCAAAUGUUACACUGACUUCGAUCACAAAUACCUCUGCUACCUUUAAUCUAUCUCUUGAUGGCAUCACCCCUAGCAACAGCACUUCUGACUGCCCGGGAUCGUAUAAACCCUACGAGUACCUCGCCGGACCAUUCCAUGGAUUCCUACUGACAGUUGAGACAACCUCUCCAAGAAGUACCGUUAAACUUCUUCGGAUUAACAAUCGAACCAAGUCGUACACGGUUCCACAUCUAACACCAUUUACACAGUACCGUGUUAAUGUGUCAGUUUCUAACGGCCGAACGUUUGGCUUACCUGCUGUGCUCAAUUUCACGACCAAGGAGGGUUUCCCAGAUCCACCCAGGAUACAUGUAGAAAGUCGUUCCACAAAUUCCCUCCGAUUGAGCUUCGUUUCCUCCAACAGUCGAGGUGUUGUCUUGGGUUACCGCAUUAAGUGGGCAGAGUGCAGCAAUUCGUCAACCACGAAGUCCGACGAAUCAAAGGAAGCUUAUUUUAUCAUAACCGGCCUUCGAAAUUCCACGUGUUAUCAAAUGCAGGCCUCUUCACAAACCAGUGUAGGCUAUGGUAAUUACAGUUCUCUCACUCAAGACUUCACCCUAUGUCCUGACUUUCCGGCACCCAAUAUUUCAAAUAUAUCGGCCACCACCGAUGGGAUCAGGCUUUCAUGGACGUACGACAGUCCGCCCGCUUCUCCAAAUGGCAAUCACCUGUUCCUUGCGUGCAUGGAGUCGUCUGUUUCAAGUGUCUGUGAAGAUGUCGCUUUCAAUUACACCUUCCGACCUAGUGGAAAUGGUGGUUAUUUUUCGUACACGUUUCCAUUUCACGGCGUGAACCUUGUCGGCGGAACCGGCAUCAUCUUGAACUUCACCGUCCGGUCGGUUUGUCUGCCCCGAGACUGCAAGAGGGACUGGCCUUGUCAGUCCCUCAGCAAUUACUCAAACGUCCUCCAACUGGACAUUGAUCAGCUCUCGGAGAUAUUGGCGAGAAGUGGUUUUAGUGAGCUGAGCGACAAGGCCAUCGGAGGGAUUAUUAGCGCCGUCUUUGCCAUCAUUCUCAUGAUCUGUGUCUGCUCCUUGUCCAUUCUCUACUGUCGAUCGUCGCGUGCGUACAAGAGACGCCACGGGGGCCUGGGCGUUGCCGGUGACGACCUCAGUGGUUGUGGAGGGGGCGAAACCGGUCGAACCCCCCUCGUCACCCCCAAAAUGCGGCGCUUCGAGGAGAGCCCCCACAAGCCCAUUCCAGCCGAACUACUCGUCCAACACGUGGCCAGUUACCACGCCGAUGACGAUGCCGGCUACCAGGCCGAAUUCGAGAACCCCUCUCCCAACUGUCGUGUUAAUCCGGUUUAUGCAGCUUUUACCACCUUGCCAGCUGACACACUGCUGUCCUUCUUUCUCAAGGCGAUUGAACAGUGCGUUCGCACCAAUUGGCCAACGUCUGUCGCCCGGUUACCAGAAAACAUGCCAAAGAACCGCUACUCAAACGUUUUUGCAUACGACCACACGCGAGUAAUUUUGAGGAAUCCCCACGGCCGCCGAUCGGACUACAUCAACGCAAACUACGUUGACGGCUUCUGCGGACCCAGGGCCUUUAUCGCAGCUCAGGGCCCAAAAGACAUCACCUUCGACGACUUCUGGCAGAUGGUGUGGGACGAGAACUCCAACAUCAUCGUCAUGAUCUCCAACUUCGUGGAGCGCGGCCGUCGCAAGUGCGAUCAAUACUGGCCAUCAGACGGGCAGCAGACCUACGGCUCAAUCAGCGUUCGAAUGCUCUCCGAAAACAAACUGGCCUGCUACGUGGCUCGUGUCUUCCUUGUUAAGAAUGUGAAGUGUAAAAAGGCAAGUCACCUUCGUCGUUUUUUUUUUGCUAAGGAAAGAAUCGUGCGGCAUUACCAGUACACGGACUGGCGCGACUUCGAUGUGCCGCUGUCUGCCCUCCCGGUGCUUGUCUUCGUCAAAACAACCGUCAAGGACUGGACCCCCACGCGUGGACCAAUCAUCGUGCACUGCAGCGCUGGUGUCGGUCGGACGGGCACGUACAUCUGCAUCGAGAGUCUAAUUCGCCAGUUGGACGCCGAGAAACAGGUCAACAUCCGCGGCUUCCUCGAACACAUUCGCCAGCAGCGCAUGAAGUUGGUGCAAACCGAGCAACAAUACGCAUUUAUCCACGACGCCCUUCGUGAGUACCUUCUGUGCCCGGAACACGAGAUCUCCGCCUUGUCCUUCCCCGCCUACGCGCAGUGCCUUCGCGUUUGCACAGACCACAUUCCGCGCGCGUACGAGUUCACCGAAGCCAGGAAGCCAGUCAACGAGGUGAAAAAUCGUCUAAGCCAUCUCAUUCCCACGGAUUCUCGCCGCGUGACCUUACCCAACGAGCCGGGUGUCGACGGUUCCACGUACAUUAACGCGUCGAUCGUGCAGGGCUACUACAACCUGCAGGAGUUCAUCGUAACCCAGCACCCGUUGACCUUCACAGAGGCCGACUUUUGGAAGAUGGUGUGGGACAAGAACUCGCCCAUGGUUUUUGUGCUCUCGAGUGAAGAUAUGCCCGUGUUUUGGCCUACCGGUGCCCAGGAGGUGAGUCGGCGUCUAUUCACCACCACCAUCCCCAACACCACCACCACCACCAUCACCACUGCCACCAACCCCACCAUCAUCAACACCACCACUGCCACCACGACCACCAUCACCACAGCAACCACCACCACCAGCACCACCACCGCCACCAAUACCACCACCAUCACUCCUCGUGUGAUUGGUUGGUUGCGCGUGGGCUUCUGCGACCGCGAGGAGGUAACUGACGGACUGACGCGCUACGAAUUUCUGCUUUCCUCGUCGCGCGAGGACUACGCGUUAACCUGCCACCUCUGGCGCCUCCACAACUGGCCCACGGCAGCUGCUGAAACUCGACGGGACUUCCUCAAACUCCAGUCCAUCCUUGUCUCCGACCACGCCUCCUCCGCCAACGGCUCCACCAUCGUUGUCGAUGACUACGGUGGCAACAGAGCCGGCAUCUUCUGUGCCGUCAACGUCCUGAUAAACCAACUCACCAUGGCCGGUUACAUUGAUGUGUACUUCAUCGUGAAGAUGCUUCACCUUCAGAGAACGGGAAUAUUCAAGUCGUGUGAGGAUCUGGACUUUAUCUACUCCGUGAUGGAACAGUUCCUUUGUGAAAUGCAGCAGCAAGACGACAGCAGCUCUUGCCUCGGCAACGACUCCUCGGGCUACGCCAACCUCAGCCUAUUCAACGGCAAGAUUCCCUCGAUGGCGAUUACCUCGAACGCCGUGUCGAAGUCGCCAAGCGCUAACGGUGACAUCGCGCCCUCCAAGAACCCCUUCUUCCCUCUCCUGCUGGCCGAAGAGGAUGAGGAGGAGGAAGAGGAGACGGCGGCGGUGUUGGUGGAGGAGAAGGUGGGACUCUCGAACACCCUCGAGCUCCACUCCCUGAGUUCAGCGCACAAGUCCGGUGCCUCAACUAGCCCUUCUGUGAUCGGUGUUUUGACACCCGUGAAGAAGGCCAACGGCUACGUGAACGAGGGCCAACCGUUGCCACCUUUUCCCAGCCAAUCCCCGCCUCCGUGGCCCCCUAAGGACGACCUUGAGCGUGUGUGCACCGACGACGACGACGACGACCCCACGCCCACAACCUCCCUGGUCGGCGGAGUCAGCGGUGGUAGUCUGUUGGACGACGCCGAACUCGCGAUGACCGUGUGA